ACAACUUGAACAAUUAAGUGAUUACACAACAUAAAAACAAGAAAAUCGAUUACACAUAUCAUAUGGCAUUAAACAUUAUAUAUUUCCUAUUUUCUCUCUUGCCUUUAAUUUUCUCAUUCACAAAAGGUGAUGUAACGCAGCUAGCUUCAUUGAAUAGAAACAGUUUCCCUGAUGGCUUCAUCUUUGGUACAGCAUCUUCUGCAUACCAAUUUGAAGGUGCAUCAAACGAAGGUGGAAGAGGACCAAGUAUUUGGGAUACAUUCACUCAUAAAUUUCCAGAUAAAAUAAAGGAUGGGAAAAAUGGUGACGUGGCAGUUGACUCGUAUCAUCGCUAUAAGGAAGAUGUUGCGAUUAUGAAGGAUAUGAACUUGGAUGCAUAUAGAUUUUCCAUAUCUUGGUCUAGAAUACUCCCAAAAGGAAAACUAAGUGGAGGAAUCAAUCAAGAAGGAAUCGACUAUUAUAACAACCUCAUCGAUGAAUUGCUGGCAAAUGGUUUACAACCAUUUGUAACUCUUUUUCAUUGGGAUCUUCCUCAAGCGCUAGAAGAUGAAUAUGGUGGCUUCUUAAGCCCUCUCAUCAUAAAAGACUUUCAAGAUUACGCAGAACUUUGUUUUAAAACAUUUGGAGAUAGAGUAAAAUAUUGGAUAACUUUAAAUGAGCCAUGGACUUACAGUAGAGAUGGAUAUGCGAACGGUGACAUGGCACCAGGUCGAUGUUCUUCUUGGUUGAACCCAAAUUGCACUGGUGGAGAUUCUGGAACAGAACCAUAUUUAGUUUCACACUAUCAACUUCUAGCUCAUGCAGCAGCGGUUAAUGUGUAUAAGACCAAAUAUCAGGACUCUCAAAAUGGUAUGAUUGGUAUAACAUUGGUCAUUAACUGGUUUGUGCCACUCUCGAAAAAUAUAUUUAAUCAAAAAGCUGCCGAAAGAGCUAUAGACUUUAUGUUUGGAUGGUUUAUGGAUCCUCUAAGUAAUGGAGAUUAUCCCAAAACCAUGCGAGCAUUGGUUGGAGCACGGUUACCAAAGUUUACUAAAGAGCAAUCUAAACUAGUGAGUGGUUCGUUUGAUUUUAUUGGCAUAAACUAUUAUUCUUCUUGCUAUGCUUCUGAUGCACCUCAACUAAGAAAUGCCAAAGAUAACUACCUCACAGAUUCUCUUUCUCAAUUUUCAUUCGCAAGCAAUGGAAAACCCAUUGGCCUUAAUGUUGCUUCAGAUUGGUUGUAUGUUUAUCCUAAAGGAAUUCGAGACUUUUUGAUAUAUACUAAAAAAAAAUACAACAAUCCUUUAAUUUAUAUCACCGAAAAUGGUAUAAAUGAGUACGAUGAUCCAUCAUUAUCACUUCAAGAAUCUCUUUUAGAUUCCUACAGAAUUGAUUAUCAUUAUCGUCAUCUCUUUUAUCUUAGAGCUGCAAUUGAAGCUGGUGUAAAUGUUAAGGGAUACUUUGCAUGGUCUUUGUUGGAUAAUUUUGAAUGGCACAUGGGUUACACUGUGAGAUUUGGAAUGACCUUUAUAGAUUACAAAAAUGAUUUAAAAAGACAUCAAAAGCUCUCAGGAUUAUGGUUCAAGAAUUUUCUCACAUCAGACAUCAAACUUUACGGACAUUCUAUUUAAUAGGGCUAACAAAUUCCUAAUGACACAUUUAUUUCAUUAUUUGUAUAAAAACAAUAGACGUUGUAAUUUAGGUGAAAAUAGUAUUUAUAAUUGAUUUUAUUAUUUGAUUUUAUAUGUAUCUUGUAAUUUCAUUUUACAUUUCCUUAAAAAAUGUAGGAAAUUAAUAAAUAAGGUAUUUUAUUCUCAUA